AUGGGUGCAACCUCAAAUGCAACUGCUCGCUUGCAGACUGUCAGAACCUCACGGAGUGGGGCUCGAAAGCAGCGUGCAAAGGCAACAACAAGCACAUCCGCGGUCUCGAAAAGGAAGCGAACUGCUGAUGAGGAAACAAUAACAACGACGACCACGACCACUACCACCACUAGAAGAUUGCAAAAGGCUGUUUCUGACACCACCAAUUUACAUAAACUCAGGGAUGUUGGUCGUACCGAGCAGUCCUCCACUCGCCCGGGAAAAAAGCCCAGGGCGCAAGCGCCCAGUGAAGAGCGUCGAGAGCGUAGAUUCAGGCCCCAUGCCCCGGUAUCCUUCAAAGAGAGGGCUGCACGUGCAAUGAGUCAACGCAUGUUUAUUGUUGGGCAUACCGUCAAUCUCGUAGACGGAGUUCUGAUUAUGAGCUUCGACAUUGUCGGGACCACUGGCAACAUCUACAAAACCACUAUUGGGAAGGUGCCAACCUGCGACUGUCCAGAUGCACGCAAGGGUAAUCAAUGCAAGCAUAUUUGUUAUGUGUUGAUCAACGCCCUCAAAGCGCCGGCGGACCUUCAGUACCAGCUGGCAUUUCUAUCAUCCGAACUGCGGGCGAUAUACAACGGUUCCCCGCUCAGCAAAGAGCAAGCCACAGAGGACAACGCUGGCAACAGAAAACCGAUCGAGGGAGACUGUCCAAUAUGCUUCAUGGAAUUCGAGCCCCAAAGAGAGGACAUUGUGUGGUGUCGAGCUGCAUGCGGGAACAACAUUCACAAGGCUUGCUUUCAGCAAUGGGCUGCCACCCAGCAGGCACAGGGUGUCAGAUGUGUCUAUUGUCGUUCACCCUGGCAGCCGGAUACCGAAAAUGUGAAUGUGGAGGAGCUCUCCCGCCAAGGCAAAUUCAGUCGGGAUGGAUAUGUCAAUGUGGCACGGCACUUUGGUCUCUCAGGCCGUCGCGACGUUUCAAGCUACCAUCCUUUCUGGGUGCGCCGACAGCAGCACCAGCACGAGGACGACUGGGAUUACGAUGACUAUUGA